GUUGUGCAACAGCCUCUACCGCCUUCCUUUUUGGUCACGACUCCUACAACGUCACGCACUCAUCCGCGACCAUGCGCCUGCCCUUGACUUUGCUGGCCCUCGCAACCUCGUGCUGUACAACCCUUGCGGUGGACCUCAAAGGGCGCGUACAAUGGAAUGAACUGUGUCCCUCCUUGGGUGACCUGGGACAGGCGAAAGCUAUUCUUGACGAUGGGAGAUUGCAUGGAGGGAUAACCAGAGAUGGUAGCUUCGAGAUUCCGGAUGUAUCUCCCGGAACAUACAUAUUGAACGUGGUCUCUCACGACUACCAGUUCGACAAACUUCGUGUAGACGUCUUCGAAACUGAGUCGCUGCCAGAAAUACGUCCCUACAUCCCAGGAACUCCCCUCUCUCCGCCCUCAUCCGUUACUCUUCCAUAUCCGAUACUACUUACGCCACGCGUGAAGAAUGACUACUUCAUUCCCCGGCAGUCGUUCAACCUUAUGGGCAUGUUCCAGAGCCCUAUGAUGUUGAUGAUGCUCGUCAUGGGUGGUGUGAUGCUAGCGAUGCCUUACAUUCUGAAGACUAUGGACCCCGAUGCCCUUCAGGACUUCAACAAACGUCAGGCACGGAUCGGCGCCUUGCAGAGUUCACUCCAGAGUGGUGACCUCAGCGGCGGGUUGUCCGCCUUGAUGACUUCAGGGCAGGAAGAGUCGUCGGCGAGUACUGGUGCAGCAAAACAAGCGACGCCAUCAUCUAGUGUAAAACAGCGAGGUGGAAAGAACCGAAGACGGUGACUCGCAACAUAUCCGAGUCUCGCAUUGAUGUGUAUCUAAGCAAUACUUCCAAUCAAAACCCAAAGACCAGAAUCGACAAAAAAAAGUGCUGUAGGUCAUCUCAGCGACCAAGUUCCACUGCCGAAGUGCAAACUACUCGCAUGGGACACUGAUUGCGCCGCUU